UGUGCUCCUAGUAGUUCAGAGAGAUAAAUUCAUUCUUUCCUAUAUUCUACAACACUACCUUAAAAAAAACCCUGCUUCAAAGGUUGUAACUUGAAUCUAAUGGAUCCUACUCAGAUCAAGAAGAUUCAAGCCAUGAACAGGUACAAGAGGCGUCAGGUCCUAGAUAAUUUGUACUUCUAUUCCUUCACUGCCUUAGCAUGCAGUGUGUUCUGUUGUGUCACUCUCUGCCUUCCCUAUCUUGCUUCUAUGGUUCAAGUCUUUUUCAUGGUCUACAUGUCAAGUUUAAUUCAGUUCAUGUUGAGCUCAAAGCUAGUAUUCUUCAUCGGCAACCUAAUCAUAUUUGUCCUCGUAGUGAACUCAAGAAUGUUUUCUUCAGAUCCCUCUUCAACUUCUGAUGUUUACUAUGAUGAGUACAUUCAGAGCAGUCAAACUCAUAUGCCUCAGAUUAAUCCAACUUUUGUGGUCAACAAAGCUAAAUCAUUUGAGAAUAAACAUGUUGUGGAGAGUGUGGCAAUGGCUGUGGAGGAUGGACUGAACAAUCUGGACUUGAAGGCCAGAGUGUGGGUUAACAAAGCCAAAGAGGAGGACAAUUCGGACGGAGAAGAAGAACAAAGUUUUCAUUCUUCUUAUGAUGAACUGAACAGAAGGGCUGAAGAUUUCAUUGCAAGAGUCAACAGGCAGAGGAAGCUUGAACUUAGCCUUCUGCAACAUGGUAGCUACUAAAGGAUACAAGAGUUUUCCAUGUAUAAUGUCUCUCAGAAGUAGAUUAACAAACUGCAUGUUUGGAUUUUCCGUUGAACUGAACUUCAAUCCAUGUUUUGUCAACGUGACAAAAUCUUAUUUAUCCGCUGAUGCAUUGGGACAUGUGUUUUCUGGUUUGCAAACGAAAAAGCAGAAACCAUUAUUAAGUGCUUAAUGGUAUUGUUAACAAGCUUUGAUCA